AUGGCAGCGUUAGAGGAGUUGACCACGACAUUACAGUCAUUAUCGACCUUGAAACCACCAGGAGUCACGCCCACCAAGGUGAAGGCCAUAACGCAGAUUUGCGUAGACAAUAUUCAGUACGACAAGGUCCUCAUCGAGAAGAUUCUUCUACAGUAUUCGAACAGUCCCGCCACACACAAGCUAGGGGUGCUAUACGUCGUAGACUCCGUGAUCCGCCAAUGGGUCGAGAAGGCCAAGAAGGCCGGCCAGGCCGUUUCGAAGCAAGCUGCGCCAGGUACAUAUGCGUCGGGUGUGCAGCUCGUGCGUGAAGCACUACCGGUUGUCUUGAAAGACCUGGUCAAAAACGCACCGGAGACCCAGAAAGAGAAGAUUUCUAAACUUUUAGAUAUUUGGCAGCGCGGGCAGACAUUCCCACCCGACAUGAUCGCCAGCAUGAAGCAGCUUGUCAAUGGCACAUCUAACAGUAUGUUUCAGGCAAGCAUCGCAUUUGUCCACCUUACUGAUACAGAUCAGAUGCUCCAGCUGCACACUCCGCCCAAAACGGAGGAGCUCCUCUGCCCUCAUUGCAAUCCGUGGCUGCGCAGCCAGCUCAGCUGGCAUUCCCCGAUCCACAUAGCCAGGGACCGCAGAAUGGUGCUCAGCCAGAGCGAUAUGAUCCAAAUGAAAGUAGAUACCGAGAUCGUAGCAGGUCGCCUGAUUACCAGCGUCGACAACCUUCGCCCCCUCGUAGAUCACCGCCAAAUGUCAAUCGCCGGGAAAGCCCCACCUAUGGUGUGUGGCGCAGGGGGUACAGAGGGUGAGAUUCGAAGCAUCUUCAGUCGUUUUGGUCAAGUUCAGACGUGCAUUGUCAACUUAGAGAAACGGCACGCCUUCGUCAAGAUGUUGACUCGCCCCGACGCCGUACAUGCGAAGGAAGGUAUGGACAACUUGCAGGAUGCUGUCGCUCAAUCGAAAGCUCGCCAGACGCGCUGGGGCGUAGGCUUUGGCCCCCGGGACUGCAGCGAUUACCAAAGCGGCAUUAGUGUCAUUCCCAUUUCACGGCUUACGGAUGCUGACCGCAAAUGGGCGUUGACAGCUGAGCACGGCGGAACUGGUGGUCGACCCCUGGAGGGUGGCAUGGUGCUGGAAGAGCCUGAUAUUGAAAUCGGGGCUGGUGUCUCUUCAAAGGUCGCCGAGUUCCUACCGACGCUCCUCGUGGUGGCGGUCGUGGAAACUUCAAUGGGGGGCGAGGUAAUGGCGAGAACGGGCACAAACAUCGCAAGCAGCAACAGCAGCAACAACAGCAGCAACCGCAUCAACAACACCAGCAUCAACAACCGCACCAUCACCAACAGGACCACCGCCUGGCACAUGAUCCUCGCCAUGUCUCCCCACGGCCAGAGCCGAUGA